UCAUAUCCCAAAGUACGACAGUCACCGUUCAGUUAAAAGUAUCAGACAAGAAGCAACCACGAUGCUUAGCCCCGCCACUCUCACCCGGAAAACACCACUCCCGUUCAACUCUCUCGGGUUUUCCGGUAAUAACACAUCGUACUUCAACCGAAGGAGGACUCUUACUGAAGCUGGUUCAAGCAGGGCUCUUUCGUUUGGGCACAAACUAAAUUGUGGUGGUCGUGUCAAUUGGUCUGGGCGUUCUGGUACCGUGUUUGGACAUCUGGGUCGGGUCUAUUCGAUCUCAGGUGGAAGUUUAGGUGACUCCGGCGGAAUUGGUGGUUCAGGUUCAGGUGGUGGUGGUGGUGAUAGUUCAGGCGGUGGAGGUGAUGAAGGCAGUGGCGGAAACGGAAACAAGUGGUCAUUUCUGUCAUGGUACUUGGCUCUUCUCUCAAAUUAUCCUGUUUUGACCAAAGCUGUGACAUCAGCAAUUUUGACACUCAUUGGUGAUUUGAUCUGUCAGCUUACAAUCAAUAGAACCUCAUCUCUGGACAAGAAGAGGACACUCACGUUUACCAUAUUGGGAUUAGGACUAGUCGGUCCAGCAUUGCAUUUCUGGUAUUUGUAUUUGAGCAAAGUGGUGACAGCUUCCGGAUUAUCAGGCGCAGUUCUGAGGCUUUUACUGGACCAGUUUGUUUUUGCUCCUAUUUUUGUUGGAGUUUUCUUAUCAGCUGUUGUGACACUUGAAGGAAAACCAUCACAUGUCAUACCGAAGCUGAAGCAGGAGUGGACUGGUGCAGUGGUAGCAAAUUGGCAGCUAUGGAUACCAUUUCAGUUUCUUAACUUCAGAUUUGUUCCACAAAACUUUCAGGUGCUUGCUUCAAACGUAGUGGCAUUGGCUUGGAAUGUGAUUUUAUCAUUCAAAGCUCACAAAGAAGUUGUUGCAAAAUAGGCAAUGUUUCGUUCCCUACAAGCUACAGGUAUUGUCGGCAGGGUUUUGGGGGCAGAGAGUGCUUGUCUGCUGAUUCAAAUGUUUAUUACUCCCAAGGAACCUUGCAAUUAACAUUUAAUGAAUGUAGAAACAAGCUUGUCUUUCAA